CCCACCCACCCAACCACAAACCCCGUUUGUUUUUCGUUUAUAUAUUUUCUUCCUUAAUUUCUUCCCUUCUUUCUUUGCCUACUGCAAGAUUAGAGGGCUUGGAGAGGCACUGCGUCAGAUCUCAGAGACGGGGAGAGAGACAUUGAGAUUUGAGCCAAAAGAAAAAAGAGGAGGAAAGAUCUUGAGCGGAUCACUAUGAUUUAAAGCAAAGGCGGCGAUAAUUUAUGAGCUUUAUAGAGAGAGAGUGGGAGAGACUUCAUUAAAAACUAUAUCCUAUUCUCUCGCUAGCGCCAAUUUACACUGUGUCUGGUCACUGCUUACAAGCACUCAUAUUUCCUCUGAUUUUUCUUGCUCUAUCAUAUUCAUUCCGUUCUCUCAUUUUCUCUCUCUUCAAGCGUCAUCUACUUCAUCAGAGAGCCUGGAAACCGAUGGGAACAACUCGAAGACCAAGGCGGUGGUCUAAGGGUGGGGACUGCUCAGUCAGGUGUUCGUCAUGGUCUAUUGGAGGCGUGAAGUUUUUAGAUAGAGAAAGUCUGUGAAGAACCACCAUUUCUAGACUGGGAUUUUGGUUCAUUUGCCUGGGUUUGUCUUAUAUAAUCCGUCAUUUCGGAUAGACAAAGUUGGGGUUUUGAGCGUGGGCAGCUUUGCUGCAAGUAAAGGCUUGGUUUUGUGUGAAAAGGCCGGACGUUUCCUUGUGAUCUGUGGUCAUGAAGUUUAUGAAAUUGGGUUCGAAGCCUGAUGCAUUUCAAGCGGAAGGGAAGACUGUCAGGUAUGUGUCGUCUGAAUUGGCAACAGAUGCCAUCAUAAAUGUUGGAGAAGUAAAGUUUUACCUUCACAAGUUCCCUCUCUUGUCCAAGAGCAAUUGCCUGCAGAAACUACUAUUGAAGGCCAAUGAGGAGAAUGAAGAUGAAAUUCAUAUAGCUGAUUUUCCUGGUGGGCCAAAGGCCUUCGAAAUUUGUGCAAAAUUCUGCUAUGGAAUGACGGUCACCCUCAAUGCAUAUAAUGUUGUGGCUGCACGUUGUGCAGCUGAGUACCUCGAUAUGUCAGAGGAUGUUGAUAGAGGAAACUUAAUAUUUAAGAUUGAGGUAUUUCUCAACUCAAGUAUCUUCCGCAGCUGGAAAGAUUCUAUUAUUGUUCUUCAAACAACCAAAUCUCUUCUGCCCUGGUCUGAGGAUCUGAAAAUUCUUGGAAGAUGUAUAGAUUCCAUUGCCUCUAAAACUUCUGUGGACCCAGCAAACAUCUCUUGGUCCUACACAUAUAAUCGGAAAUUAGCGGAUCCCGAUAGAAUUGUUGAGGAUGGAGUGAAGUUCCCAGAGAAAAUGGAGUCUAUUCCAAAGGAUUGGUGGGUCGAAGAUAUAUGUGAGCUGGACAUUGAUCUUUACAAGCGAGUAAUGAUUGCUGUGAAAUCGAAGGGAAGAAUGGAUGGUACUGUGAUUGGGGAAGCACUUAAAACUUAUGCAGUUAGGUGGUUGCCAGAUUCUGUUGAUGCGUUGAUUUCUGAUGCUCAUACCUGGAGGAACAAAUCUUUGGUAGAAACAAUCAUUUGCUUAUUGCCAUCUGACAAAGGUGUGGGUUGUUCAUCUACUUUCUUACUGAAACUGCUGAAAGUUGCAAUUUUGGUUGGAGCAGAUGAGUCAUCGAGGGAAAAUUUGAUAAAUAGGAUCAGCCUGAAGUUGCACGAAGCUUCUCUCAAAGAUUUAUUGAUCCCAGCUCGGUCUCCCCAAAGUACGGUAUAUGAUGUUGAGUUGGUGCAAUGCAUUUUAAAGCAAUUUUUGAUGCAUGAAAAGUUUAACCGGGAUGUGGAUGUUGAGAAGAAUGAGAAGGGGGCCGAGAAUUUUGUCUUGGAACUUGGAUCCCUGUUGAAUGUUGGUAGACUAAUUGAUGGGUAUGUAGCGGAAAUUGCACGUGAUCGAAAUCUGUCGCUCUCUAGUUUUAUUGAUUUAGCUCAGAUGAUUCCUGGAUCAGCAAGACCUAUUCAUGAUGGAUUAUACAAAGCCAUUGACAUCUAUCUGAAGGAGCAUCCUAGUUUGACAAAAGUUGAAAGGAAGAAGAUAUGUGGACUUAUGGAUGUCAAGAAACUGACAAUGGAUGCAUCCAUGCAUGCUGCACAGAACGAGCGCCUCCCACUUCGGACAGUUGUACAAGUUCUCUUUUUUGAGCAGGUCAGAACAUCUGCUGGUGUUAGACCUAUUAACAACAAUUCCUGUGAUACUUCACGUUCCACGACAAAUACAACAGAUGAAGAAUGUGAGAAGACAGAAGCAGCUGAAAACAGUAGAACACUUAAUAGGCAGAUGUGUAAAAUGAGGAUAAAAGAUGAGGAAUUCCGAAACAACGGAAAACUUGCUAAGAAGGGCAGCAAAAACAGCAGAAGCGGCAUGCAGUUGCUGCCAUCGCGAUCGAGGAGAAUAUUCGAUAAACUGUGGGCUGUUGGUAAAGGGCAUGGAGAUAACAAGAGCUCUGACACGUCUGGGAGUUCUCAGAGCCCAACUUCAAUGGUUCCUGGAGACACCAAAUCCUCUGGUUCGUCCUCAAGACACAGGAGGCACUCAAUCUCCUAAACUCGGUGAAGAAAAAUAUUCAGGCUGCUUUAUGGCGAAGUGUAAAAAAAUGGUAGGUUGGUUUUGUUAUAGCUGGUGAUGGGUUUGAACUGUCUAGCAUCAGCGUGCAAAAUAUUAUUCGGAAAUUGGCUUAACGCACGUAAAAAUUGUAAUGAGCCUGAGCCUUAGCCUUUUUUGGUGCCUUUUCUUUCUUUCUAGCCUCUGCGGGUUCCAAGUUGUAAGGUUAUUUUACCCUGUAAUGUAAAAGUCCGUGUAGGUAA